AUGACUACGAGAGCCUCAUACGACGCGAGAGGUCGGUUGAGACGUGCCAAAUCCACAUCUUCAGUUCAGAAACGCCGUCAGAUACCUCCACUACCAGAGCCUCUAGAUCCUGUAACCGCCAAACAUCAUGCUAUGGUAGCAGCUUCCCGUGCAUUCCAGCGCGCAAGUGAGAGAUCCUCAGGCGAUUCGCGCGGAUCGUGCGACUAUACGAAUGGAAAUGAGGCCAUUGCCUUUACUCAAAGACAUCGUCCCCCGAGUAUACGGUUUGCGGAUGAGGGACGUUCUGUAAGCCAAAUGUCAAUAGCCAGCAUAUCGCCCUCUAUACCGUUUACUGCAGGCUCUGUUGCAGAUGGCACUACUUCCCCGAGUAUCUUGCCGCCGAUCAGCGAGUUCCAAGGACUGGAUGGCGGCGAUUCUUCUGUUCCUUCAUCUUAUCGACGUCUUCGCAAGGCUAAAUCGAUGUUCUCCACUAGACAUCGUACAUUCGAUUUCACCGACAGUCGAACGGCAGGCCUUGCAAGCGGAAGUCACGUACAAAAGGAAGGAUCCGGGGAUCAUCCUCAACAUGGAAGUCUGAGGCGGUCUAUGUCCUUCUUCAAAGGAAGAAACCAACAUUCUCAACCGUUGAGGCAUACUAAAAGUCAUGAUGCAGCCAUACAGCUGGCCCGCGAUCAGUACUUGAGGGAUAUGGAACACCAAGGGGAACAACGCCGGUCAUCCCUUCUUGCCCUGAAACACAGGCGAGGACAAAAGCCACUGAGGAAGACGAUUAGAGCCUCUAGUGAGUCUGGAAGCGCGCUCGACUCUGUCCCUUUCUGGACGGAACAAACAGGAAGAGGUCUCCGUUCGAAAUUCCGGACUCUGUCAGUAUCUACAAUAAAGAACGGAUUGAAACGUGUAUUCGGGCGAGCAACUUCUACCGAGCAAAAGCUUCCACAUCAGAAUCUGUACUCUCCUCAGUCACAGUUUGGUGAUUACAUCUCGACACGAAGAGAAGCAGAUACCGGCGUCUUGCCAGAGACCCCAACCGAAAAUAACUAUUCUGAGGGUGCGCCUUACGAGUACUACCGUGAUUCUAUGGAGAGUCGUGUCAGCGAAGCACCAACCGUGCGAAUGAUGAAAAGCUCUGAGAGUCUUUGCACGUCGAAUUCACGUGUGACAAGCUGGACAGAUUCCACUGCAGCCAAUACCAUUGCGACCAGGAACCCGGUCGACAGCAAUCAUUUGUGUAUCAUCCGAGAGUACGGAGACCCUGCGCAGUCGUCUGGGUUUACUACGCCAGAAGGCUAUGUUAGACGUGGAUAUUCUGCAUUCAGCAAACCGUUAAGGGCAAGGCCCAGCGCUCACAAACUGGAUGGCUCCGUCGAUACUCAACGUGUUUACUCCGCGUUGAUGAAACGUAUCGAUAAUAAUGCUCUACAGCAAGAUGAGCAGAUACUUGUUGGCAGUGUUCCAGGGGGCCAACCCAUCCCCGAAAGAGCUUCAUCUGUCUACUCUUUGCGCAGUAGCCGUAGUAUUCGUCAGGUGCCAAGUGAGUCGUCGAUGAAAUCGACAACAUCAUUUUUCACAGCCAAUGUACGGCCCUUCAGCACACAAAGCCCAUCUCCUGUGCGGAACCCUUAUUCGGGAGGUCAAAACCGAGUGCAACACAACGAGCGUCAGAGCAAUACAUCUCACUAUCGAUCAUCCCGACCUCUAAGAGAAUCUGGGCCCACGUUCUUCCCAACAUCUCCUUGCGACAAACCGGAAACACCGAGCCCAUACAGACGGGCCAUGGCUUCGAUGGAUAGAGCACGGGAUUAUUCUGAUGAUGAUUCUGGAAGCGUUAUCGUCUCUAGACUCGUCCAUGGAGAGAUCGAACCGGACUCUCCCAGCGUAUACUCCAGGACAACAGGUGGUAACAGCCCUAGGCAGCAGGGGCCAAUGGUGCAUGUCGAUAAUUCACCUAGAUCUUCAGAUGCGCGAGGUAUGGCUACGAUAUUCGAAAGCCAGAGGACAAAAUACGUUUCCCCAAGAAGAGUGACCAGUUCUCAGCCUCCCGUUGUGUCUAUUAAACCAAGCGGAGAUUGGCAAUCCUGGAUGAGCUCUGAGAUGGCUAGAAUUGACAAGCACAGUUGUGGCGCACCACUGGGCCAGCCGCUAGCAAGAGAACAUUACAGGGAAGAUACGCAAAUCGACGACCAGGAGCCUCAGCAUCCUGAGAGCCUCAUAGGACAUGAGGUUUCCAAGAGCCGGAAUCCUCUCGAAGAACUGCAGAUUCCGGUACAGAAUAAUUUUUCGAGGCCAUUAUAUCGUUCGCAAAGUAGAGUCAAAUCCUUGUCGCUACGGAAAUCUUCUAACACAACGCAAGUGCAGAAUCACGGCGAGAAGACUGACGUAUUCGGAGGAUCUGAGCAGGCGCCUAAACUAUCACCUGUCUCGUCUUCGAAAGAAGACGCUGCAAGAGACCAACCUGGGACCUAUUCAGUGUCAGAGUCAGACGGGUCAACCCAAGUCCCGGAAUCACCUACUCCCAGAAGAGAGCCAAACAGGCUUCGGCAGAGGUAUUCACUCCGUGAGCAGCAUCAAAACAGCCCCUUUAGAGACGCAAAAGGGGUACAGUUUCAAUCAAUCCGCAGUCGGCGGGAUACCGUGAGGUCAGCAAAAGAAAACUCGAGGACUAGCUCGAUUCCUUCAUAUAGUAAUAUGGCCUUGGACGACCACACGAAGCUCCAAGAGCUCCGGUCAACUAUUAGCAGCAAGCGUAUGGUUGACAUGUUCUUGAACAGCCGACGCCAGCAAAAUACGACGUCCGAUAGCUCCGAGCCAGCAUUCUUAUAG